UUCGGAAGCUUCUUUUCUACGUAACCCAUCCUGCCAUUUCAACGCUACUGGAACCCAGUGUCAACGCUCUGUAGAUGCUGAACUCGCAGCGGCCGAGUGUUUGGUGAAGGAUUGAGUAGCAUGCAUGGUUUUUUUCACCAGCACUCGUCUUGUUUGUUUCGGGGAGUACGAUCGGUUCAGGUGGCAUUCCCGUCUAGACAGCGGGAAUGCACGCGAGUUGCUUUGUGAGACUGUGCUCCAUGUUCAGAUGAUCGGUUUGAGGUAUAGGAUUAGCUGGUUUCUUGUAGCUGGAAGAGUUUCUGGUGGGUACUGAAUACAUGCACACGGAGAUUAUGAAACUUUUCGGGGAUCACCAAGAGACAUGAAGCCAAAUGCGAGCCUCGCGGUUUUUGAUUCGUUGAACUCAAUGUCGGAGUGUUUUUCGACACACAUUGGUGUACUUCCGACGUAAUUUGGUGAAGAGGCACAGAAUCGAUUUCUCCAGAAAUCUUCCUUCUGAAAUAUGCUGCGGUUCUUGAAUGUCCGGGUCAUCAUGCAUAUUCAACCCGUGCAUUUCUCCACAAUAGAGGAUUUGCCGCACAUCGAAAGGAGCUUGUGUGACAACAGAUGAUAAGUGUGUAUUUCUUUGCAACAAGGGAAUAGUGACUCCGCAGAGGAGAUUGUACACCACCCCGACGAAUUCGUGAAGGGCUCCAGCCUACCCAUGGGGUAAUGUCAGCAGAUUUCGAUCACCAUGGGCGGACCCAAAACCCCUGCGCAGAAAAGUGACGGCAAGAGAGGGCGAAAGGACGCGAAGUCAUCUUCCACAAUGAAACCCGAGCAGUUUGCUCGAGGAGAACGAAUCAGGCGACCUGGUAGACCUGUAGACCUCAAAGUGGACGUGGAGAACUUAGCAGAUGUUUUCCCCCUCUCACCAAUCGAGAAGUACAUGGUUGAGACACCAACUGCUUCUAAUCGCUCAACACAAUCGCCGAGUUCGUUCCUGCAACCGGAUCAGUUCUUUUCUGAGCUAAGCGUCAAGACACCGACUGGCAGUCAGACAGAUCUCUUUGCCAGCGAUAGUCCCCGUAGCGCUCGUAGUACCCGUAGCACUCGUAGCGGUAGCGAAUCACGGAAUGAAGCCAUGUCGCUGGAGGUGAACUCGCCCAGUCUUAACAAAACUCCCCAAAACGCAGAGAAGAUAGGAAAUAGAACAGUCAAGGAAGCCACGCUAAAGUCCCCUCGUCCGACGCAGGUAGGUGAGAAAGAUGGAAAUAAGCCACGGAGAACUGAGGGCAUUAGGCAGCAACCGCGAACACCUCGAGCAGAAUAUGCGAUUGAACAUUUCUAUGAGCCUGCGAGUUCCCUGCCAACGUUGGAGUUGUGCUACGAGGGCAAGCCUGCCCCAGCACCUGCCCAUUUACGUGUCAAGGCUGGAACUGGGACAGGCUCUCUCUCGAAUAAUCCAUCGCAACCAUCACACGAGAAACAAGAGACGGAUUCUACCCCACCACCUUCGGACAAUUUGAAGACUGAAGAAUUUGAAGAGUCUCAUGGAGCAGUUGACCUUCAAGGUUCCAAGUCUCCUGAGCUUCAGAAGUCCUCAUCUGAAGGAAGUACGCGGCCUUCCAAGGGAGGAAGUGCUGCGAUGCUGAAGUUGCAAUCAACUUCGGCCCGGAUAGGCAGCACCUGGUCGCCGGCCAGGAUGAAGGAGAAACUGGGCAGUAGUUUCUCUGGUAGGAAAGGUAGCUCGUCUCGUGUGGAUACCGAUUCUAAAACCCCUCAUUCGUUCCAUGGAAACACGACCACGAGUGCGCAUUCGCAGCCGAUCAAGUCACAUGGCACUGAAACGGAGGGGAAUUCUGUGAAGCCCGUCAGUCGGCUGCGUCGAAUGUUCAAUUGGCUAGGCAGAAAGACAAGCUCCAAAUCAAGUUCUGGUUUGAAGGGUGAAAAGAAUGGUGGUAGUGGUAAGAGCGAUUCUAAGGCUGAGCAGCAGGUUGAAGCAGAUAGAGAGCAAGAGGCUAAUGAGCGCGCUGCGGAGUUCGAUACCGAAAAACAUCAUGUUGACAGUCCAAGAUCCUCUGCGUCGAGUGUCAGCUCUAGUUUUUCUGAUGUCAGUUCUAAGUCGUUCAGCAACAAGCAUUCGCACCACAAGAAACACGCCAAGUCUGAGUCGGGGAAGUCAAAACCGUGGUUGCAGAGGGUGCAUCAGAAAUUCCAGGGGCGGGGGACCAAGGAUAAUGAAGACGACAUUUUCGAAGCAGUCCGAAAGGCAACGCUUCAUGAUGGUGCAGAUUCCAAAGAUGGCGACAGUGCCUCCCUAAAUGGAUCGACCAGAUAUCACUUGGAGAAGAACUCUCUCUCCAAGCUUCUCACAAAGCACAAGCGAAAUUCCACCUGGGAUGCUGGCAAGCUAAGUCCAACGGAUCAUCCGUUCUCCCCUAAGCAGCCGCAGUUGCAUAAGAGUGACGCUCAUGUAUUACUUGCGCCUCCAAAGCGACUUACAGGUCACGUAGGAGAAACCGAAUUCCAGCGAAGGAGAGGCAAGCCGUCCACGUUGAACACAGAAUCCCGGUUGUCUACUCCGACCACCACCACCACCGAUGUUGCAGACAAAUUGGCAUCACCGAGUAACUCAGUGAACGAGACCAUAGAGAAGGGAAGUGCGCCCGCUACGCCUGAAGCCAAAGCUGUAGUCCUUGUAGAGAGUUCUCAUGAAAGGCAUACUGAACAAGGUCUUCCACUUCCUGCGUUGCCCUCAACGGUAGGUCCGACGACUUCAGACAGGGCAGAGCCACAAAGGUCUCCAAGAUAUGUUUCUCCAGAGAGAGCUGCAUUGAACACUCCACCGAUAUCUCCUGCAGCUCAGCCUUCGUCGCGGGGUAGCAGCUUCGGGUCAAGUUUUAAAGGGUUCAAUUCACCCUUGCCAUUGCCAGUUAGGGUUGGGUCGCGGAGCUCUCCAUCGAGUCCCAUCUAUGCAAAUUCUGUUGGUCUUUCGAAGAGCCCCGAACUUCUUGCAUUAUCUCUUGUUGGAACGCAAAGCACUCCAACGAGUCCUGGGUUGUAUACACCAUCACUAGGUUGGACAGGGAUGCAGAGUACUCCAACAAGUCCUGGAGUGUGUGGAGCUUCGUCUACUAGCGGAGCUGGGUUUCAAGACUCUCUCAUGGCAGUACCAGAUGUAACUUCGCCAAGGAGCCCAGGACAGAAUUUUGGGGAGCAGCUCCUGCUCGAGGACAGCACCAGUUGGGCUGAUUCAAUGGCGAAGGGCGUUCAACAGGAGCAAUCGCGCGCCGAUGCAUCUGUGCCCAGAAACGGCUUCAAGGGGGCAAAAGCUCAUGAGUCUCACAGUCCAUCGUCGAGUGAAAGAGAAAGUUCGGACAAGCAGAAAUCAGGUAGUGCCAGUGUAGUUCCACUGCCUCUUUCGCCACGGUCGCAGAUGGUGUCCUUCGAGCAGAUCGUUGCUGGUCGCGGUCGGACGCCUCCCACAGACAACACUCUCAUGAAGUUUUUCUUCAAGUGCCGGGAAAUUGAGCACCUGAACAAAUUUCUUGCGCUCCAGAAGAAACGAUUUCUGGAUUCAUUCAAUACGGAGACAGCGAAGUGCUUCCACAUGAUAUUGUCAGAAUCAGGCAAAGGUCUAAGCUCCAUGGUGUCUACGAUCUGCACAGCUUGGCUGUUGGAGAACACAAUGGCUUCGGCUUCCGUGAAAUGGCAUCCCAUUCCGGUGAUGAACAUGUGCCAGAAUGAAAUGUGGCAGCAUCGGGACGUUGCGUGGCUUUUCCAUGUCGUUGGAAUCGAAUCAAACGCCAUUCUCUUCCUCGAUGAGAUUACAUCGAGUAAUGAGACGUUAGUGCCUGGGCGAGUGAAGCGGGCAGUGACUGGCCAAGACAUUCUGGUUACAAAAAACGAGGCAUCCAGCUGCACCAUUGUUUCUGAAAAAUUUCGACAGGAAGCUCCUAAACUCCUCCAGGCCCGCUACAUGAAGACGCUCCUGCUUGCAGGAAUUCUUGUGGACACAAAGAACUUGUCCGCAGGAACAGCAAGGGAUAAGCAGCAGGCAACCAUUCUGCUUGUGGGAGCUGGCUCAUUGGGGAGAAACGGUUUCUACAAUCAUUUGAAUAACAUUCGUGAAGAGAAUUACGUCACCUCAUUCAUCAAAGAGAUAUACGGCGAUUCCAGUGCUCUGACAGGGGAGAAACCAUCGCGUAGAGGUAGAGGCGUCGAGACAUUAAGACCGAUAAGCGGCACCAUACCGCCCGACAAGAAGCUAGAAAAGCCAAUUCCGGUGGUCAUCCCGAAACCAUUAAGUGAAAUCGCUGUUCCAGUCUCACCCCCAGCUCCCGCACCGGCACCGUCACCGAAAAAACCCAUCACAACACCAAGUCGCAAACCCGAGCCCGAGGUCAAGCGAGAAGCCGACACCAAGCCUCCGUGGUCGACCAAAAAAGAACCCCCAAAAUGGAGCCGCAGAUCUGAACCCGAGAUCAAAACUGACAACAACAACAACACGGCACCAUCGAGGAGGAAGAGCGAAGUCUCUGUACCCGAAGGUCGUGGCGCACCACCGAAUUCCAAAAUCUCGCAUGCACUCCGUCGGUUACGACCUCGCUCAGUUGUUCAGUAGCUGAAUUGAAUUGAAAUGCAGCGCCUUUCCAUCAUCGCAUCGCAUUCCAUCGCAUUGCAGCAGGACCCACAUUGAGACCUGUUUAGUUAGGAUUCCCCAUCCCCAUUCCCUGGUACAGAUUGAUUGCUUCAUGUGGGUCUAGAGCUCUCCAUCGCAUGUCGAGCAGCAGUGAGUGUACAAUUUCAUUUUAGUGUUUAGUUUUUUUAUGGUAUUUUUAUGGUUUCUUUUUUUUUCUUUUUUCCUUAAACAUUUCUUUCUGUCAGGCAGUGAGGCAUUUCGGAUUGUCUCCUCCGACGAAGCCCACGUCACGCUGCCCUCAAUUUUGCACCACCACAUUUCCCAAAAUUCUUGGCCCACCAGAAAAUACCCUCAAUUUGUGUACAGUUUGCACACCGUGCUAGUGUAACAUGCUUUCCCUUUAUUCGACA